UGAAGCUAUAGCAGCUUCCUCUUUGGGCUUCAUUUAAAGCUAUAGCUUUCUCCGGCAAGCCGUCGCCUCAGCUCAUCUCCCUGUUUGCGAAAUUGCGGCGGCGGCGCCCAAUCUCGCGGUGCAGGGGCGGCGCCUAGUUCUUCCAUGGCGAGAUAGCAUUCCGGUUUGCCGGAGGAGAUUGCCGUCGAGAGCGAGAGAGAGCAUCGGCGAAUCAUUUUGAAGUUGGGUGUUCCUCCUCUUCCUCCCGGCGAUGGGGAACUGGAAUCACCAUCGGCGGCCAUGGCACAGGAGGAGCCGCCACGAACGCCCUCCGCCUCCGCCUUCACCUCCUCCGCAUCCCGGACACAAUUGCCACCCAGUCCCAUUAUGGGAAAGGGAAUUUUGCAUUUAUGUUGGCGGCAUUUCUUGGCACAGGUUCUGUGACAACAAGAGAUAUGUCUGCAUGUAUAAGAACAUUGAGCAAUGGGAUGACUCAGAAGCCUUUGAUAAUUUUAAGAAUGCAAAGGCUAGAUUCUGGGCUAAUUACCAUGGCCAACCUUCAGACAUAUCUUUGCCAGACCCUGAUAUGUAUAUUGACAAGAUUGACCACAAUAGCAAGAUCGACCCUGAGUUGAUAGCUGACCUGAAGAUGGUACGCUUACCAUUCGAGAGGGAUGAUGAGUUACUCCCAGCUGAUGGAUUGGGCAGCACUGAUACAGAUAACAAGUGCCAGCAGAAGCAGAACCAAUCUGGAAACUGGGACAUCUAUGUAGAAAAGCCCACUGAAGUUAACAAGUGGGAGCAAGAUUCAAGAUCCAACAUGGACUGGGGAACAAAGCAUGAAUCUUGGAAUGAAUGGAGUAAAAAUUGCUCUGGUUGGGGUAGUGCCUUGGCGGAUUCUAGUGCCUUGGCGGAUUCUAGUUGGGGCAAUUGGAAUAAUAGUAACAAUCAUCAUUCAUCAAAUAACAGGGAUAGCUUCAAUGGGGUCAACAGGAAUAGAUACCAGGACCCAAACAGCAUAUCUGGAAGGAAAAGGAAUAGUGGUGGGCACAUUCAGCAAAGAAACAGUAGACAGAGAAACCAGACUGAGGGCUACCAAGGAAGUACUCCUAGAUGGUGAGACCAUAUAAGACAAGAGAAUGGUCUCCAUUUGAUAAUAGUGUAAAGGGGGUAAAUGACCACACAAUAGAAUGUGGCCUCUUAGUAGUGCGAAAGAUUGGAUCAGAAUGAACUUUUGUCUGGAGACUAGAGCAGUUAGCAAUAGUUGGCAGUUAGAACAAAUGAUCUAUGUAAAGAGAUGCUCGAGUUUUUUCCUUCUCUAGAAAGAAAGUUUCUUCAUGUCGCUUGAGACAUGAUGUUUUUGGGUAAUGGAAGCAGAAUGCUGCCAUUUCGUUGUAAAGGUGAUCGCCAUAAGUUAGUUGUUUUUUUUCUCUUUCUUUCUUUCAAGCUCCAUGAAUAUGUAGUUUGUUCAAGUGAAACAUAGAAUUCAUGUACUGGUAGCAUGUUAGUACUAACAUAUACUGAUAUAUUGAUAAUUCGUGUCUAGUGCUAAUAAAGAUACUCAUAAGUCAUAACCAGAUGAAAGAGUCUGGUACAGUAUGUGUUACUAA